GUCACCAGCCCAUUUUGAUGUACGCCUCGUUCAUAAAAGUUGCUUCUAACGGAACCUUCGACUAUUGGCUGCCAUAUGCAUGUGAAACUCACAUUUUCACUAAGCAUCACAGUUGAACAAUAACAGAAGGGAUAACCGCUGUACCACUGAGAAUGUCGUACUCAAGUGAUGAUCACCGGGAAGCUUUUGAAAUUGCACCUGGAACCAAAGUGCACCGUGAUAUUCGACAUCUACUUUAUUACAACCCGUUCAAUCAGUUUUACGAAGGAGAAACCGUUGGAUACCAGCGUUCUUUGAAAGACGUUUGCUUUCCGGUAGAUGAGUGCCCAGCACCGGAAACAUGGGGUACUUUGCCUGUAGAGUCGGAGCACUCAUCUGACGAGUCUACUGAAAUUGUUUUUGCCGAAAUUGUUGAGCAGAUUGACAGGAAUGAUGCUUCUACUCCGUUUUCCAGUAAGUUCAAAAUCGACAUCGGGCCCAAAGGACCCAUCAUUGUAAAAGUAACAGCACUGUAUAAGUUCCUGCUUCCAUAAGAAAAACCGGACAUGACAGUUGCAAUAGGAGACUUUCCAACGUUAGGUGGCAGCAGACAUACCGGGUAAAUUUCCAUUGUUUACGUAGUUCUGAA